CUACCUAUACUUAAGUAUCCACCCUCCCCGUAUAUAUCCUUUAAGUUGUCGUCCUCCAGAUCAUUAAUCGCCUCUUCGAUACUUGAGGAUACACUGAGUGAUAUCUCAUCUACAAAAACAACUAGCAGUCCUUACCAGCUUUAAUAUCUACCGACUAUCGUCGACGAAAACUUAAACCUAAUACCGCCGUCUUGAGAAUAGCUUCUUAAGAUACACUUAUUUUUAUCCCGACAUAAUACAUAAAAAUGGCCACCGCCAUGUACGCAACGCAGCCUGGUGCUCAGUACGGAUAUCCGCAACCACCCCCUUCGCCUCCAAUGGACGAAACCUCGAAGUGCUCUCUACCCUCGAUUUCCAACCUAUUAGUAAUGGCAGACGCUGGAUCGCCCACGACGGAACAGUCACCUCAGUCUCAACAAGCACCGUCAGUGAAGGUAGAGACUCGGCCUAACUCGUCUCAUUGUGCGAGCAACGGCCCCGCACGAGCCGCUCUACCCCCCACGCCUCCUAUGAGUUCAGAUGCUUCUUUCGAGGGCUAUAACUCACCUUCGACGAGAUCGGUGUCUGUUGUGUCGGCGCCCAACUACUAUUAUGAGACGACCCCACCCUUAGAGGAUGUUCACCGCCACCAGAUGGCAGCGGCUGCUGCACCUCGCAUGCCCGUUCAAGCCCCAGCAUAUUCGCAACCCGCCUUUGCGGCCCCGUACCUGGGUCAGGCGUCGAUACCGCCUUACUAUUCUGCCGGCCUCGCUGGAGCUCAAGCCGCGCAGCCGCAGAUCUCCGGACUUUACUACCAGAGACCACUACCACAGACGUUCCCUCCGCUACCAGUGACGGUGUCUUUGGCAGCAGCUCCAGGUACCAACCCGUGGCAACAUCAUCACUACAUCUCACCUUCUUCGGCGGCUUCUUUCCCGCAGUCACAGGAUCGCUACAUCUGCCAAACCUGCAACAAGGCUUUUUCCAGACCGAGCUCGCUACGAAUUCACAGCCACUCCCACACCGGCGAGAAGCCUUUCAAGUGUCCUCACGCGGGCUGUGGCAAGGCUUUCAGUGUCCGGAGCAACAUGAAGAGACACGAGCGCGGAUGCCACGACAAUGGCAAUGCAUCUCACCACCGUUAGGCCAGCUCACAAAACGAUAAUAUCAACUAUUCGAUGCUGUCGUCAUUUAUUGUUUAUUCCUAAUACGGCUCUUAAUCCCGCGUGGAUAUAUGAAGAGGGGGGUUUUUUGAAAGGACCCGAAAAAAUCGCGGAUAUGAAGGAUGCAUUUGAUACCCACACGCGGGUUACGCUACGAAUUUUUACGGCUGCCAUUUCUCAAAAGCACUUGUGGCUUUUGUUCUCAUUUUUAAUUCCGAGCCAUUGUUUACCGACUCGAACACAAUCUAUAUUAGGGUAUAUCUCGACACUUGGGACGAUUCGGGGGGAGGUGGUCGGCCCUUUGCUUACUGGGACGGGAUGACGGGAUAGGGAUCGGUUGCAUUUGACUGUAGGAUGUGACUGUUCAUUGACGAGGCGCAUUGGACUACCAACUUUUGGGCAUUUACACCGGCGUUUAACAAACAUAUUUGGGAGGGUCAUUACGUUGGAAUAUUUAAAAACAAGAGCAAUCUUAUCUCUCUCGUUUACGGUAUUUUUGAUACCUGUCUUGGAUAUUCUAUCUAGUCCUAAUGUAUAGAAUGGGACUGC